CCUCUAAAUCCACCUCAAACGACACUCUACAUAAUUGCCACCACUUUUAUUAAUCCCAAAUGUAUGUAUAUGUGUAUCUAUUUCUAGGGCUUUGAAGGCCAAAAGCUUCCACGGGACGAUCGCUUCACAAACCCUAAUCUCGUGAUCUAUAUUAUACAUAGACUAAAAUGGUUGAACAGAAAAAUAGCAAUGUUGCUUCAGGUACUUAUACUAUCAAUGCAGAUAAUUUCAAAACUCGGUUGAAGAUAUUGUAUUCUCACUGGACUGAAAACUGUAAUGAUCUGUGGGGUUCUUCUGAAGUUAUUACGAUAGCAACUCCUCCACCAUCAGAAGACCUACGUUAUCUAAAAUCAUCAGCCCUAAAUAUCUGGUUGGUUGGGUAUGAGUUCCCAGAUACCAUUAUGGUUUUCAUGAAAAAGCAGAUUCAUUUUUUGUGUAGUUUGAAGAAGGCUUCUAUACUUGGAGGUUUAAAAGGACCGGCUAGGGAGGCUCUUGAUAUUGAAAUUGUAAUACACGUGAAGACCAAAAAUGAUGAUGGAUCUGCAUUAAUGGAUGCUGUAGUCCGUGCAGUACGUGCUCAGUCGGAAGUGGAUACCCCGGUUGUUGGACAUAUAUCAAGAGAGACUCCUGAGGGGAGUCUUUUGGAGAAGUGGGCUAAGAAACUAAAUAAUGAAAACUUCGUCCUUGCUGACAUAUCAAAUGGUUUUUCUGACCUAUUUGCUGUGAAGGACAGUGAUGAGAUUACAAAUGUGAAGAAAUCUGCUUAUUGGACUUCAUCAGUGAUGAAGCUUUUUGUGGUCCCAAAGAUGGAGAAAAUCAUUGACGAGGAGAAAAAAGUUUCUCACUCUUCAUUAAUGGACGAGACAGAGAAGGUGAUUGCUGAACCUGCAAAGAUCAAGGUGAAGCUAAAGGCUGAAAAUGUUGAUAUCUGCUACCCACCAAUUUUUCAGAGUGGUGGAGAAUUUGAUCUAAAACCAAGUGCAUCAAGCAAUGACCAGAGCCUCUACUACGAUUCUACUAGUGUUAUAUUGUGCGCAAUUGGGACUCGUUACAGCAGCUACUGCUCUAAUGUUGCACGCACUUUCCUUAUAGAUGCUAAUGCAAUACAGACAAAGGCUUACGAAGUCCUCCUAAGAGCCCAAGAAGCAGCAAUUAGUGUUUUGAGGCCCGGUAACAAAGCUAGUGCUGCCUACCAAGCAGCUCUUUCUGUAGUUCAGAAAAAUACUCCAGAACUGGUUGCAAACUUGACCAAAUCAGCUGGAACAGGAAUUGGCCUUGAAUUCCGUGAGUCAGGACUUGCUUUAAAUGGAAAGAAUGACAGGGUGCUUAAAAUAGGCAUGGUUUUUAAUGUUUCACUUGGUUUCCAGAAUUUGCUUACCAACACCAAAGAUCCGAAGACCCAAAAAGUCUCCAUGUUGCUUGCAGAUACUGUUGUUAUUGCUGAAAAAGGUCCAGAAGUAGUGACUUCUACAAGCAGCAAAGCUGUUAAGGAUGUUGCAUACACCUUCAAAGAGAGUGAAGAAGAAGAUGAGGAGGAGCUGGGAGAUAUAGAAGCAACUGUUGGUGAUCCAAAUACUCUUAAGACGACACUCAGGUCGGUUAAUCAUGAAAUGUCAAAGGAAGAGCUUAGAAGAAAUCAUCAAGCAGAACUUGCCCGCCAAAAGAAUAUUGAAACUGCUAGGAGGCUAACUGCUGCAGGCUCUGGUGCGGUGGAUAAUCGUGGUGGCAUGAGAUCCUCAGGUGACUUGGUUGCAUAUAAGAAUGUAAAUGAUGUACCUCCUCCCAGAGGUUUACUAAUUCAAAUAGAUCAAAGGAAUGAAGCCAUUCUAUUGCCUAUUUAUGGUAGCAUGGUUCCCUUUCAUGUGGCUACUAUAAAGAGUGUUAGCAGCCAGCAGGAUACCAGUCGUAAUUGCUAUAUCCGAAUCAUAUUUAAUGUACCUGGUACUCCUUUCAAUCCAUAUGAUCAGAACACCUUAAAGUUUCAAAACUUCAUUUUUGUUAAGGAAGUGUCGUUCCGGUCAAGGGAUCCAAGGCACAGUAGUGAGGUUGUGCAACAGAUCAAAACCCUCCGUAAGCAGGUUGCUUCCCGAGAGUCAGAGAAAGCUGAGAGGGCAACUUUAGUUACUCAAGAAAAGCUCCAACUAGCAGGUUCAAAGUUCAAGCCAAUUAGGUUGUCUGAUCUAUGGAUCCGUCCAGUGUUUGGUGGUCGUGGAAGAAAGCUGACAGGUACAUUAGAAGCACAUGUAAAUGGAUUGCGAUAUUCAACUUCACGGCCUGAUGAGCGUGUGGAUGUUAUGUAUGCUAACAUCAAGCAUGCUUUCUUCCAGCCAGCUGAAAAAGAAAUGAUAACUCUUCUGCACUUCCAUUUGCACAAUCACAUCAUGGUGGGAAACAAGAAAACUAAGGAUGUGCAAUUCUACUGUGAAGUGAUGGAUGUGGUGCAGACAAUUGGAGGUGGAAAGAGGUCGGCUUAUGACCCUGACGAGAUUGAGGAAGAACAACGAGAGAGGGCUCGUAAAAACAAAAUUAACUCAGACUUUCAAAAUUUUGUAAAUCGUGUAAAUGAUUUAUGGGGCCAACCUCAGCUUAAAGAGUUGGACUUGGAGUUUGAUCAGCCACUAAGAGAGCUUGGCUUCCAUGGGGUUCCAUACAAAUCCUCUUCCUUUGUGGUUCCGACAUCAAGCUGCCUGGUCGAGCUUAUAGAGAUGCCUUUUGUCGUUAUCUCUUUAAGUGAGAUUGAAAUUGUUAACCUGGAGAGAGUUGGGCUUGGUCAGAAAAACUUUGACAUGGCAAUUGUUUUCACUGACUUUAAGCGUGAUGUUUUCCGGAUCGAUUCAAUUCCUUCAUCAUCCCUGGAUGGUAUCAAAGAGUGGCUUGAUACAACAGACAUAAAGUACUAUGAGAGCAGACUUAAUAUGAACUGGAAAACUAUACUGAAAACAAUCACCGAUGACCCAGAAAAGUUCAUUGAGGAGGGUGGAUGGGAAUUUUUGAAUUUGGAGGCUAGCGAUUCAGAUUCUGAGAAAUCUGUCGAGUCAGACCAAGGAUAUGAGCCAUCUGAUGUACAAUCUGAUUCGGAAUCAGAUGACGACGACGAUGAUGAUAGUGCCUCUUUGGUGGAUUCUGAGGAAGAUGACGAAGAAGAUUCUGAGGAAGGUGAUGAAGAGGAGGAAGAAGGAAAAACAUGGGAAGAGUUGGAAAAGGAAGCAACCACUGCAGAUAGAGAACACGGAGCUGAAUCGGACAGUGAAGAGGAGAGGAAAAGACGGAAAUCAAAAUCAUAUGGGAAGUCACGGGCACCUUCAGGUGGCAACUUCAGUAAGAGGCCGAGAAUGAGGUGAACAG